AAUGUCAUCUAAAGAUUUGAGUAGAAAGAUGGGUCUUUCAGAAUCAGUAGUGAAAUCUAUCCUUCCUCAACUUCUUCAUCAAGGAUUUAUUAGGAGAGAAGAAGGAAAUCCUCCACUAUGGUGUGCAGUUUCUCGUGAAGAUAAAGAAAUUGUAGAAACACAUUUCUGGCCCAAGAUCAUAGAGGAUAUUAUUAGAUAUCUGAAAACCACUCAAGAUCCUGUUGGCACUUUUGAUAUUGCAGAAGCUAUUGGAUUUGCUAAAAAGAAAGAAAUUAAUCCUUUAUUAUGUAGUCUACAAUUUAAGGGGAUUCUGAAAAAGGUUACUGAUAUUCCACCAACGUGGAAGUUAAGUGAUAAAUAUUUUAGUAAGAAUUCUGAUCUUAAAGGAAAUGAUCAGGUAUCCAAUGUAGAUCAGGAUGUUAUAGUAACACCAGUGAAUUCUUAUGAAGAUAAAAACAAUCAAGAAAAUAAUUUGGAUUCUGUGAUUGAUGAAAGAAUGAGUACAAUUGAAAAUAAAAUAUUGCAGAUGUUAUCAAAUAAUUCAGAACAAUCAAUGGUUGCAAGUGAUAUAAUUAAAGCAUUUGGAUGCUAUUCAGAACAAGAUGUUUUGGCAGCUUUACAUCAAAUGGAAAAGAAAGGAAAGUUGACAAAAAUUGGCAGUGAUCAUUCGAAAUGGUGUCUUCAAUCAAAUCAUAAUCCAAAUUAUGGAAGUUCUAAUAGUUCACUUACUUCUCAUGAAUUGAUUUUAUUGAAUCCAUCUCUAUAUAGACUACCUGAUAAAGAUUCUAGUACAAAUGGAUAUGAAGGAGAACAUUCCAAAUCUGUUAACUCAUGGAUAGACCCAUCUGACUCUUCUAGUCAUGAGAAAAUUCAUACUUCCACAACACUAUAUUUAAAUGGACCUAAUAAAUCUUCCAGUGACAUACAGAUAAACAGUUCUGGACAUGCAACUGAUGAAAAAAUUGAAGGAGGAACUGAGACACAAGUUUCUACGGCAGUGUCGAAUGCUGUUACAAAUAUACUUAAUGUUGAGAGUUUUGCUGCAUUGAUGAAAAACCCAGUCAGUGCAUUUCAUGAAUAUGGACAGAGAAAUCGCAUAGAAGCUAAAGUUGACAUUGUUUCCUGUCAGGGACCAUCCCAUGAUCCAAGAUUUCGUGCUGUUGCUUUCUUGGGUGAUGAAGCAUUAGCCGAAGCUUGGGAUAAAACAAAGAAAGAUGCCAAGAGACAAGCUGCAGAACUUGCUGUUCGAAACUUAGUAGCAAAAGAUGGUCUUGGAAAAUGGGGCAGUCUAUCUCCUGGUGUUGAUGGCUUUGCAGACACUGGUCCUGACGUUUCAAUGUUUGAUGUUAUUGCUGCAUUAAGCCAUAAAGCAUUUAACAUCAAAGUUUUAGAAGUACCUGAAUAUAUGGGAGGAAGAAAAGUCCUUGCAGCCUUAGUUAUGAAAAGAGGACGGGAUGAUAGAGGCACUGUUGUCUGUUUAGGAACAGGUAAUCGAUGUAUAAGUGGUCAACAGCUAAGUCAGGAUGGUCAUGUAGUAAAUGAUUCCCAUGCAGAAGUUGUUACGAGAAGAGGCUUCUUAAGGUAUUUAUAUCAACAAUUAAAAGCAUACCACCAAGGAAAAGAAAAUUCAAUCUUUGAACUAUGUGAAGAUGGCAAAACUUUAAAGAUCUGUAGUGAAAUAACAUUUCAUUUGUACAUUUCAACUGCUCCUUGUGGAGACGCUGCUCUUUUUGCACAUAAUUCAAAAUCUGAAGAUCAGGGAGAACCAUCUGAAGCUAAUGAUGGGCAACAUCAUCCAGUCUACAACAACAGUAAGCAUGGAUUAUUGAGGUCUAAGAUGGAGGGAGGUGAAGGUACCAUUCCUAUUGAUAUACAGCACAGGUUUCAGACCUGGGAUGCUAUUCUGACUGGUGAAAGGUUACGGACUAUGUCAUGUAGUGACAAAAUAGCUCGUUGGAAUGUUCUUGGUUUACAAGGUGCACUACUGAGUCAUUUUCUGCAACCAAUUUACCUAAGCUCUAUUACUCUAGGGAACUUGUAUCACCACGGUCACCUUUCCAGAGCAAUGUGCUGUCGUUUAAUGGGAGAUCCCCAUCUGAAUGAUCUUCUCCCUGAAGGAUACACUCUAAUGCACCCUCAUCUGGGUCAAGUUAGUGUGAAACCAUCCCGGGAGACAGAAAAGACGAAGCCGCACAGUAUCAACUGGUGUUUGGGAGAUGAAAAACCAGAAUUAACCAGUGGGGUAACUGGAAUGUGUAGUGGAAAUUCCAAUGGUCAAGUGUCAUCAAGGCUUUGCAAGUCAGCUCUCUAUGAAAGUUUUAAAGAGGUUUGCCACAUAUUUGAGAGAACAGAUUUGCUCAACAAAACAUAUGGGGAAGUGAAAAAUUCUGCAGCUAAUUUUCAAAAAGCCAAAGAAGUUCUUUUUGAAAGAUUUCAGACUCUAGGAAAAGGCACCUGGAUUCGAAAACCACCCGAAGAAGAAGAAUUUAUGUAAGAUGGGUAGUCCAUCCUCCAGAAAAUUUCAUCGGCAUUAAUUUUUUUUGUUCUCUUCUGUAACAGAUCAUCGUUUCAGAUUUGAAUCCUUAGGGCAAGUUUACUUGACUUUGGUAGCUCGAGUACUUGCUAGUUUUAAUCUCUUUGCAAACAUUUAGCGAAUAAAGGUUGGCAUUGCCAUAAAAAUCAUCUGAAGGACCGCAUGUUGAAACUUCUCGCCAUCCCAUCGUAACGCCAAAGAGAUGUGUAUAUAUAUAGUAAUAUAUAUAUAAGGAUCAAAUUACUGUGAUUGCAUUAUAAAUAGGAGAAUGAGAAAGAGAAAAUUGAAUGCAACUACAAGAAAGUGAUCUCACUAACUAGCAAUCUUGUGAUAUUCCAUGGAUAGCAUUGCAGGUGACCACAAAAAUAAACAAACAGGACCUGUGAAUGAAGCAAAAUAGGGGUAGGAUAUGUUGUCACAAAUAGAUUUCUAAAAUCAGCACUACUUUCCUUCCUUGUAAGUAGAUAAUAUAUUGAAAAUUAAUACUUUAGAAAUUAAAUUUAUACAUUAUGCAGUAUAAAUGUGCUUUGAGGGAAAACGUGCCAACCUUUAGCUGGUUAUGAUUAUUGCAGUUCAACCUAUACUGUCUUUUGAUAAUUAUUUGGGGGGUGAAUAAUUCACAGUGACAAUAUAUUUAAUAUUAUUAAAUAUAUAAAUAUAAAUUACUUUCUCUCUCUAUCUCUCUCUCUACGUAUAUAUACAUACAUAUAUAUAUAUAUAUCUACACAUAUGUAUCUUCUCUCUAUAUCAAUUUAGGUAUUUUAAACAAACAUAAUUAAAAGAGAGAUUUUUAAGAAAUUGCAAGAACUCACAAAAAUAAAUCACAUGAAAAGGGCCAAUAUUCAGUCACCAAUUAAAAAAAACAAAAGGUUGGAAUUUCGAUCUUUUAUGUUCACUCUGUAGAUAGUUACUUUCUGCAGUUGCCAAUUUCAAAUUUUGACUCUGUGGUGAUGGUUGUAUUUUCCAUUUCAUAUCACAGCAAAUCUUUCCCCAUUACAGCACUUAAAAAUCAUUUAAAUAUAUCAAAACAUUAAAAAAACUCAUACUAAAAAUUAUACAUUUUACAUUUUUAUUUAUCAUAUGAUGUUCCUCCUAAGAUCUGCGUUUUUGCAUUUUUUUCUGUAAAUAAUGUUUCAUUUCGUUCAACAAUUUAUUACUGUGAUAAAGUUAAAAAAAAAAAGAAAUUCGAGAUUUUUCUUGAAUCCACAAUUAAUAUUUUUUGAAACUUUCAUUUAACAUUUUAAUUAGCAGAAGAUUAUGUAAAAUAGGUUAAUACAAAACAAAGAUAUAAAAUCACAAUUUACACAUGUUGUAUAGUAUUUUUCAUUGUCUUUUUAUUUAAGAUUUCAUAUUUGAUAUUUUCCAUUUUGUAAUUUUUUGUGUAACUUCAUUGCAAACGAUAAGCACAAUUUUGCUCAUUUUUUCUGUGUGUUUGUGUAAAAAAAAUUAAAAGUUCUCUACGUGUAUAUUCACUCGUUAAUAAUAAUUUUUUUAUUAUUAUUAUUAUUACUUGUUAUUAGUUACGAAUUUUUUGCAUCCAUCUCUAAUUAUUUAUAUACCUUAAUUAUUGUUUUCAGAACUAUUUCAGUAUUGUUUUCACAAGAAAAUUGUGUAUUUCCUUUAUUUCUUUCAUACUUUUUGCUGUUGUUAUUCUAAUCUUUAAAGAAUUGUUUAAUGAUAUGUUCUGUGUGAUUAAAUAGAUCAGCAGAGAUCUACGUAUACAAUCCUGAAACAUUUUAUAUCAUUAAAAGAACCAAAAAAAUGCCAAAAAUAAACAAUCAACUAAUCUUGCAUUGUCUUGAAUUCUCAAGAAUACGUCGGUAUGCAAGUAGAAAAUAAGUUUUAUUCCACAUUAAUACUGUAAAGUAUAUUAAUUAAAUCAUUUAAUGUGUCACCCAUUCCAAAUAGGGAAUAUAUCAUACAGAAAAAGCCGUCACAUCAUCAUUAUUCUGUAAGAUGAUAAUAUUUCUAAGUGGAGAUUUUACAUAUGUCAAAAUAAAAUACGUCCUUUGGUUAUUUGCAGUUAACUGCAACACACUGCAGAUAUAAAGCUUCAGUUUACAGGUAGCCAUUUUUCCUUGACAGAAGCAUGCAGUUUUUAAGAAAAAUAUACUUGUUAGAAUUCUCCACUUAGAAUACUACUCAGCGGCCUAAUUUAAUGGAACACGUUGAGUUUAAAUAAUAUACUUUUAACUAAUAUCGCGGAUAUUCUGAUUCGAGGAUGUAGAUAAUACAAUAAUAAUAAUUUUUUUUUAGUUGAAAGCUUAUUAAAUUAACUAAAAGUAUUAACAGUACUUGAAAGAUUAGAAUACAGCAAAAAUAGAGGAAAGGAAUAGAGUGAAAUCAGUUUUAAAAUCGUUCCAAUGAAAAAUAAAUUGAUUUAACUUUUUAAAGUUAAAAGGAAACUAAGAAUUAGAGAUCUUUAUUUGUCAUUAUUUAUAUAUUUUCGCAUUAUUUGGACGAUUCUUUACAACAGUUCAACUGCUUUUUGUGUGUCAGAUAUUUGUAAUCUGUUCCUUGCAUUUGAAUGAUGGGCUUAAAUUUUAUUCAGUAUCUAUAAAAGAAGCUAUUUUACUUGUUCUAUAUUAUAAUCAAAUAUACUGGUCACGAGUUAACGAAGAAAUCAUAUUUAUUUAAUAAAUUAAUUGCUUGGACUCAAAAUUUGAAGCUAUAUCAAAAAGUUAGCAUUUUAACAAAAGAUACACUUACAAGAAAAGUAAUCCCUCAUGAUCUGUCAUUCAUUCAGCAAUUUGGGAAUUUCUAUACGCUGUAAAAGCCUUUAAAAUACGUUCUAAAAGUUUAAAAAUUAAAUAAAAAUUUAUGUUAGUCGGUGAACAAAUUUAAAAACUACAUUAAAAAUAGUUUUGUUUGUUCCCAUAAAUGCGGAAUUAUAAGAGCACCGAGUUUGGACAUGUACUGUACAUAGAAAACAAUGUUGUAUCAUGGUUGUAUACCAACUAAUUUUUAUAUUAUUAUUAUUUUUUUUUUUGGUUUUGUUUUGUUCUUGUACAAUCUGUAUUAUUUGUGCUUAACGCAAAUUACUUUUACUGUAUAACUUAAGAAUUUAUUCAAUUUUCUGAUCCUUUGUUUCCUUAAAAAACAAGAAAAAGAAUUAUAUAUUAUAUAUAU